AUGGGUAUGAAUUAUGUGGGGUUUAUUUGUGUUUGUGUUGUGUUUUUCAUGGCUAUUGAAGCAACGAGGGUUGUUCCUAGAAUUGCACCAAUGGAUCAAAUUUCAGAUAAUAAGAAAGUCUUGAAUAAAACGCAACAGGAACUACAAUCCCGCACUCGCCCCAUUGACUUCACAUUCAAACUUCCAAUUACAACAACUUCUUGGCCAGAAGGUAACGGUUUCGGCGGUGGAGUCCUCGACGUCGGCGGGUUACAAGUGUCUCAAGUAUCAACAUUCAGCAAAAUUUGGGGUGUCUAUGAUGGUGGCCAAGACGGUCAAGGAGCCUCAGUGUACGAACCGAAAGAUAUACCUGAAGGAUUCUCCAUGUUAGGUAGCUACGUCCAACCUAACAACAAACCUCUUUUUGGAUAUGUUCUUGUCGCAAAGGAUGUUUCUAAUGGCACUUUGAAGCCACCGGUUGAUUAUGUACUUCUGUUUGACACCUCAACCCUCUCCUCUAAUCAGGAUUCCACUUUGUAUAUUUGGCUACCAUCAUCACCUAAUGGCUAUAAGGCAUUAGGCCAUGUUGUCACCACAACACCAGACAAACCUCCCCUCAAUAAAGUCAUGUGUGUCAGAUCAGACCUCACAGAACAAUGUGAUUUUUCUGAAUGGAUUUGGGGAGUCAAUGAUAAUAAUAUUUACGAUGUUACACCAAGCAUUAGGGGAACACAAGGUCACGGUAUUCGUGCCGGAACCUUCGUUGGCCAUUUUGGGCUAGGUGAUAAUAAAACUCCAUCUGUUGCAUGUUUGAAGAAUCUCAAUUCCAUUUCUAAAAUCAUGCCUAAUGAGAAACAAAUCGAGGCAAUACUUCAAGUUUACUCUCCAUUUCUAUUCCUACAUUCCGACGAAGAUUACUUCCCUUCUACGGUUAAUUGGUUAUUCUCCAAUGGAGCAUUACUAUACAAGAAAGGUGAUGAAUCAAAUCCCGUUCCAAUACAACAAAAUGGCACUAACCUUCCUCAGGAUCCUAACACUGAUGAUGCUUACUGGAUAGACUUACCUGUUGAUGAUGACAACAAAGAUAGGGUGAAACGAGGUGAUCUUGACAAUGCUGAAUCUUAUGUACAUGUGAAACCAAUGUUUGGAGGAACAUUCACAGAUUUUGCAAUGUGGAUUUAUUACCCUUUUAAUGGACCCGCAAGAGCAAAAGUAGAGUUUAUAAAUAUUAAAUUAGGGAAAAUAGGUCAACAUGUUGGUGAUUGGGAGCAUGUAACAUUGAGGGUAAGUAAUUUGGAUGGUCAACUAUGGAAAAUGUAUUUCUCACAACAUAGUAAAGGUUCAUGGGUUGAUUCAUCUCUACUUGAGUUCCAAUCUGAUAAUGGCAAUUUUGAUUUUCCAACAGAAAAACCGGUUGUUUAUGCUUCAUUGCAUGGACAUGCAACAUAUCCGCAUGCUGGUCUUGUUCUACUAGGGAAAAAUGGAGUAGGGGUAAGAGAUGAUACUGAUAAAAGUAAUAAUAUUGUGGAUAUGGGAAAAUUUGUGUUGGUUUCUGCAGAUUAUUUAGGGUCUGUUAAGGAGCCAGCAUGGUUGAAUUUUUUAAGGCAAUGGGGUCCAACAAUUGACUAUAAACUAGAUGAUGAAUUGAGAAAGCUGGAGAAGUUUUUGCCUGGUAAGCUAAAAGAUGUUUUUGAAAAUAUUAUUAAUGGUUUACCCAAAGAAAUGCUUGGAGAGGAAGGGCCAACAGGUCCAAAGGUAAAGAUUUCUUGGAAUGGUGAAGAAGUUUGA